AUGUUUGGCAGCAGCGGAAGCAAAUCUUCCACUGGGCGCCACCCCGUUUACAAGGGAGUGAGGCGUAGGAGCAGCGGAAAAUGGGUGUCUGAAAUUCGGGAGCCCAAGAAGCCCAACCGGAUUUGGUUAGGCACGUUCCCUACCCCUGAAAUGGCCGCAGUCGCCUACGACGUCGCCGCCCUUGCUCUUAAGGGUGAGCACGCCGACCUCAACUUCCCCGACUCUGCUUCUUCCCUGCCCGUCCCCGCGUCCACGUCUCCCUCUGACAUUCAGAUGGCUGCAGCCAGCGCUGCCGCCGCCGCCGGGGCUGCUAAGGAUGCUUUAUCUGCGGCCACCGGCGAGUCGUCUUCUUCAGUGUCACUGAAAGAGAACGAAGCGGGAGCGGCGGAGGAGUUUGUGGAUGAGGAUUUGAUCUUUGAUAUGCCAAAUGUGCUGCUCAAUAUGGCUGAAGGAAUGAUGCUCGCUCCUCCUCCACUGAACUGGGAUGCUGCUGCUCCCCCAGAUUACACGUCUCAGGAUCCAUACCUUUGGAACUUCCGCCCCUAAUUAAUCAUCU